GUCCAUCCGCCACCGCGGCGAGUGGCUCACGCCCAACGAGUUCCAGUUCGUCAGCGGCCGGGAGACGGCCAAGGACUGGAAGCGCAGCAUCCGCCACAAAGGAAAAAGUCUGAAGACGCUUAUGUCCAAGGGGAUCCUGCAGGUGCAUCCUCCGAUCUGCGACUGCCCGGGCUGCCGAAUAUCCUCCCCGGUGAACCGGGGGCGGCUGGCAGACAAGAGGACAGUCGCCCUGCCUGCUGCCCGGAGCCUGAAGAAGGAGCGAACUCCCAGCUUCUCUGCCAGUGAUGGUGACAGCGACGGGAGUGGCCCCACCUGUGGGCGGUGGCCAGGCUUGAAGCAGGAGGAUGGUCCGCACAUCCGUAUCAUGAAGAGAAGAGUCCACACCCACUGGGACGUGAACAUCUCUUUCCGAGAGACGUCCUGCAGCCAGGACGGCAACCUUCCCACCCUCAUAUCCAGCGUCCACCGCAGCCGCCAUCUCGUUAUGCCCGAGCAUCAGAGCCGCUGUGAAUUCCAGAGAGGCAGCCUGGAGAUUGGCCUGCGACCUGCUGGUGACCUGUUGGGCAAGAGGCUGGGCUGCUCCCCACAUAUCAGCAGCAACUGCUCCUCAGAGAAGAGGGCACGAAGCGAAUCCCCUCAAGCAGAGGCGCUGCUGCUGCCGCCGGAGCUGGGGCCCAGCAUGGCCCCGGAGGACAACUACCGCCGGCUUGUGUCGGCGCUGAGCGAGGCCAGCACCUUUGAGGACCCUCAGCGCCUCUACCACCUGGGCCUCCCCAGCCACGAUCUUCUGAGGGUCCGGCAGGAGGUGGCAGCUGCAGCUUUGAGGGGCCCCAGUGGCCUGGAAGCCCACCUACCCUCCUCCACGGCAGGUCAGCGUCGGAAGCAGGGCCUGGCUCAGCACCGGGAGGGCGCCGCCCCAGCUGCCGCCCCGUCCUUCUCGGAGAGGGAGCUGCCGCAGCCUCCCCCCUUGCUGUCGCCGCAGAAUGCCCCUCACAUCGCCCUGGGCCCCCAUCUCAGGCCCCCCUUUCUGGGGGUGCCCUCGGCUCUGUGCCAGACCCCAGGCUACGGCUUCCUGCCCCCCGCCCAGGCGGAGAUGUUCGCCCGGCAGCAGGAGCUCCUGCGGAAGCAGAACCUGGCCCGGCUGGAGCUGCCCGCCGACCUCCUGCGGCAGAAGGAGCUGGAGGGCGCGCGCCCACAGCUGCUGGCGCCCGAGGCCCCCCUGCGCCCCAACGACGGCGCCGAGGAGCUGCAGCGGCGCGGGGCCCUGCUGGUGCUGAACCAUGGCGCGGCGCCACUGCUGGCCCUGCCCCCCCAGGGGCCCCCGGGCUCCGGACCCCCCACCCCGUCCCGGGACUCUGCCCGGCGAGCCCCCCGGAAAGGGGGUCCCGGCUCUGCCUCGGUCCGGCCCAGCGAGUCCAAGGAGAUGGCGGGGGCUAGGCUCUGGGCACAAGAUGGCUCGGAAGACGAGCCCCCCAAAGACUCGGACGGAGAGGACCCCGAGACGGCAGCUGCUGGGUGCAGGGGGCCCACUCCGGGCCAAGCUCCACCUGGAGGGGCCGGCGCCGAGGGGAAGGGGCUUUUCCCAGGGUCCACACUGCCCCCUCCGCUGCCCCUGGGCUUCCCCUAUGCCGUCAGCCCCUACUUCCACACAGGCGCCGUAGGGGGACUCUCCGCGGAUGGGGAGGAGGCCCCAGCCCCUGAGGACGUCAGCAAGUGGACCGUGGAUGACGUCUGCAGCUUCGUGGGGGGCCUGUCUGGCUGUGGAGAGUACACUCGGGUUUUCAGGGAGCAGGGGAUCGACGGGGAGACGCUGCCGCUGCUGACGGAGGAGCACCUGCUGAGCACCAUGGGGCUGAAGCUGGGGCCCGCCCUCAAGAUCCGGGCCCAGGUGGCCAGGCGCCUGGGCCGAGUUUUCUACGUGGCCAGCUUCCCCGUGGCUCUGCCAAUGCAGCCACCAACCCUGCGGGCCCCAGAGCGAGAACUCGGCACAGGAGAGCAGCCCUUGUCCCCCACGACGGCCACGUCCCCCUAUGGAGGGGGCCCCGCCCUUGCGGGUCGAGCUUCGCCCAAGCAGGAAAAUGAGACCUUGGCUCUACUUCCAGGGGCCCCCGACCCUUCCCAGCCUCUGUGUUGAGGCUGCCGGGGGCAGGGGGUGGGGCCACACACAUCUCCAGGAGCCACCACUCAAUACAAUGGCCUGCCUCCCACAGCUUUAUUUCUUUCGGUUUUGGAUGCAAAACAAAUUUUAAAGGAAACUGUGACUUCAAAAGAAAGGAACACAUUUCCAAAGACUUGGGGGAGUGAAUGCAGAGCCUGAUGCGGAUGGACGAGGUUUGCAGGCGGAGGGCAGAGGUGGUGGAAGGGGCCAGGGGCCUGCAGGCCUUCCCCCUGGAACUGGGACUGGUCUCAGUCUGCUGACGUCAGGGUCAGCUCCCCCGCGGAACUGACUUCAACAGCCCACAGCUGUGGGGUUUCAGCACCCACGCCAGCCCAGUCCAGGUCUCGGUACGUUUGGUCUUUCACGCUGAAAAAUAAAUAAUAAAGCCUG